AUGCAUGGCUGGGCUGAAGAGACCGAGCAGCAGCAAGGACAACCUCUUGCGGCUGGACGCUCAGUGGGUGGUGUCCUUUAUGGAGAAGGAGAUCGAACUCACAGCCGGACACCUAAAGUGGCUGAUCUGGAGAGAUGGGAGAAGCGUUUAACUAAAUACCAGACCCUUCAACAGGAUGCAGCGCUCAAGGAUAAGGAGCUGCGCGGCAGCAUUGUGUGUAGCGGCGGUGGGAACCAUCUCAGCUCCCAUAGGCUUCUCAAACUGAAAAGCCGUUGCGAGUUGUCUGUUUCCCCCUCAAACAGCGUUGCAGAGUUUGUGCCGAAACACACGGUGUGGUGUGAAACUGCCACCGGCUGCUCUUUAGGUUCUAGCAGCAAGACCAAUAGAAAAAUUACGCUGUGCUUCCUUACGCUUGAGAGUACCAUUGUCCGCAGACUGCCAUCCUGUUGGGCAGACGUCAUCCGUCACAGCUCUGCUUUUGAUGGAAAUGGCAGCCGUGUGAACACAAUUGCUAUGAAGUCCUUUUGCUAUAUUCCCAUCGUGAGCAGUGUGACCCUGUGGAAGAGAGGCUCAUCCCAUACAAGCCCUAGCCCUCGUGCUGAGAAAGCAGCCUUGCCCUGCUCCAGGUUUCUCACGCACAUGAAGAAUUUCUCUGCAUCACACAAAACGGAUAAAUUACAUUUUCUACCGUUUCCAGGAUUUAUAGAAGGGACUCCUAGUCCAAUGACAGAUAACGGACUACUUUACACUCCACAGUACAUAAUCCCCAACUCUCCUGCGAGCGCAGUUCCUUUCGAAGAAGUUUAUGGAGAAGCCUGUCCUUCCCUGUCACCAACCAGUGAAACGGACGAAGAUGAUUUGUUCUCUACUGUCAAAGACAGAAGGCAGAAGCGACUUAGAGGAUCACCUAAGCAGGCCUGGACCAGCCCAUUUCUGGAAAAGCCAGCUGCAGAUAAGCCUCUUAAACGAUCAUACUCAGUGAAUACCAUUUUCCUGGAAGCUGCAGGUAGACACAUACCACUUCAGAACCAUCCCUUGGGCAAAUCCAAGGAAGAUUCUGGUCCUGUGUUGAGACCUUUCACCGCCAUCGGCCUCUGCAAAAGUGUAAACCAGAGCUGCUCUUCCCCGAAGAUCAGCUGCAGGACUGCCUCAGAAUCUGGGCAGCAGGAUAAAAUGUCAUCCUCGGGCUCCUGGACAAACACAGAUUCCCUAAGCAUAUGUGGAAGUGCAUUAGGAAGACGCUUGGCUGCCGUAACACCAGGGAUGACCCCCAAGCAUUCUUAUCGCCCUACAGAACGUAGGUCAAAGGCAGCUAGCGCCUUCCAUGGCCAUGCAGCCAAGGAGCCCCUGCCUCUGCUCGUGGGAUCUUCUACCCAUUUGUUUCCCAAGAAGUUAAUCAAGGUUUGCGCCUCAGCAGCCCCACGCCCACCCCAGCGCUUCCAUACGGCUUGUUCACAGACUCUUUCCAGGCCGGUGGUGACUGCUCACUUACACUGA